AUGAGCGAUUGCUGGUUCGGCCUGGUCCAGAGCUUGAGGAGAUGGGCACUUGAGGACCUCGCACCACCGCCCAGAAAGCCACGCUGUGCGACAGACCCCCGACACUUGGAAGAAGAGGAAUUGCCCAGACGCCGACUCUCCUCGGGCGGGGUCAUGGUUUUUCUGGGCUUCAUCGCCGCUUCCUUGGCCAUCAACAUUGUGGUUUUAGUACCUGUUUGCUUUGGCCUUUACAGUGAUGGAGAUCGGAUGAAAGACGUUUAUGGUGCUGAAACCCCGGCGAGGGGAAUCUUAAAAGCAAUCUACACGGCCAUCCUCUUAGUGUCCUCUGGCCUUUUCCCCUGCAUCUUCAUGGCGAAAGUCGGUACCGGCGCACAAUUUAUGGCCGUCGGCUUGUUCGUGGUGCAGAUCAUCUACAAGUUCUUGACAUUGGUCACCACGAAAGGUGGAGUUCCACCUGGCCUGCCAUUGCCACCUGGGCAUGUUCCGCGCCGUUCCGCGAAACGCACAGAACCCUGUGGUCAUGAGCAACCUGGGCAUCGCCAUCUUCCACAGCGUCACCGUCGGCCUCUUCCUCGGAGGCUCUGA